AUGACUUCGGCUGUGAUGCUAAUCGCAUCCACACUCCUCAUCCUCCUUACCCUCCUCCCUACCGCUUACUCCCAACUCCCCGCCUCCGUCCCCCUUCCGGUCGAACAAUUCGCUUUCGCCCGCGCAGGACCAAAAGCCUAUAUGAUUGGCGGCGAAUUCGUCGAGAACGGCACAACAAAGGCCAUUUAUGGCCAAGUCUUCUCCCUCGACCUCACCGUAGCCUGGAAGACUGCCUCCCCUCCCUGGCAGGCACUCGCCCAAGUGUCUCCUGUGUACUUUAUCAACGCCGUCGCUGCACCCGAUAACCAGUCAAUCAUCGUCGUCCAGCGGGGGACGAAUGAGUCGCUUAGUUUCCCGACAUACCGGAUUGCGAACAAUGCCUGGGACGCAAACCCGGUGAACUUGAGUCCUGUCCAGGAGAGUCGACAAGGUAUCAAGCCAGUUAUGGAUCCGCUUACAGCGAAUAUCUAUAUGAACGCAUGGACAUACCUUGACGUCUUUAACACCAUAUCGUCGAACUUUCAGUUCCUGAGUAUGCCUGCGUACACUUUCACGUCGAGGUUCUUUGCGGGGUCUUGUUAUAACGCUGCCAGACGGUCGAUCAUGUACUUUGGAGGUCUCAAUGGGUCCAUCCAGUUUGACCCUGCGGCCACCUAUGUUUCGGAGUACUCUAUCUCGACUUCCCUUUGGUCCAACUUUACGGCAUCAGGCAUACCUCCGGAACCAAGGUCAGAUUUCUGUAUGGCGGCCAGCGAGGAUGGGAACAGAGUGGUCGUCUUUGGAGGACGCAUCGCACCCAACACCACCGUCAACCCACCCGCCAACUUUACAGGAUCCCUCUACAUCCUUGACACUGUCGCCCGGCAAUGGACAAAGGGACCUGAUAGUACUUUGAGGUCUUAUAUGGGCUGUCUUAUUGUUGGAGACCAGCUCUUGGUCUGGGGUGGAUCGGAUGGAGUCAACACUUAUACAACGCCGCCGAUUAUCUUUGAUUUCGUGACAAACCAAUGGGUAGAUACUUAUACCCCGCCGAGUUAUUUGCUGAAUUGGGCAAAGACGACGACCACUCUUACCGGAAGCGCUCAACCAACGACGAAUUCUGCACCCCUGGGACCUCCAACCGACUCGCCGGUAGCGAAAUCCGACAACCUGGGUGCGAUCCUUGGAGGCACUUUUGGAGCAUUGUCUGUUAUUGCGAUUUCUGCUAUGGUCUACCUAUUUCUGAAGCGACGCGAGGACAAGAUCAAAUAUGGCGCACCCUCGGAUCAACAGUCCAGUGUGGACGAGAAUGGCGAGAUGUCCGUCUCGCCCGCUUACCUCCACUCCAACAACUCUACCAACUCUUCCCAAAGGAACCCCCAUCGCCCCCAGAAUGGUGAUGGACGUGGCCCACAGGAUGCUUCAGGAAUUGGGUAUAGCGGGGAUACUGUAUCUCACCUCGGACAAGACCCAAAGGCUGGCGGCGGUAUCUACCCUGUAGAAGCCUCGUCCCAUGCGUUUGGAAAUACUGCCAUGACUUCCCCGCCAACUAUGCUGGUCCCCAACUCUUCCUUCAUCCCAGUCAGCGGAAACGCAGCAUUCGUCCAACCCAACCAAGCCAUCUACGCCGCAGGCCCCGACAACGGAAUGUAUCAAAUCUACAACAACCAACCUCUGAUACAAGGACGAGGAAUCCAGACUGUCGCCCCUCCAGGAGCGACCUUUAUCACAAAUGAAGGUCAACCUAUGAUGGUCUCGUACGGAACCCCAGUCUACACCUUACCGAUGGAUUCCACUGGUUUGAACGGACACUACCCUACCCCCCCUGUUGGCUUUACUCCGCCCUUUGCCCAACCUGGAUUCGCAAACCAUUCGUCAUCAUCUCUGAACGGAUCUUACACACAAGCCUACCCCAUCACGUCUCCUCCACACUUCACCGCCAACUACAACAACGUCACCCCUCCUCCAGUCAGCACCGCCCCGCCACCAACAUCUCCUCCUACAUCAACACAGCCCCACUUCGCAACUUUCAAUAACACGACCACAGCACCCAUCAGCCCAGCAACAAUCACCGGCAACAACCAAACCGCGCCCCUACAACCCAUCACAACUACCGGAAACUACAGCCCCACAACCUCAAACUUCACAACCGCCUCCUCCUCCCACAGCGCUUCUGCCACGACCAACAACCCAGGCACACCUCCUAGUUUGGCAUCCCUCCCUCCACGACCUACAUCGAGUUCCAACUUGCUCGCGAAUGCUGCUGCUCCCGGAAACAGUGGUGGUUCCAGGAAUACUAGUCCGCUUGCGGCGCGGGCUGAGAACUCCAGUUAUGUGCGGCCGCCUCCUACCUCUGGUGCCAAUCCUUUCUAA